GGGACAUUCUACAGUUUGGAGCCUUUGGAGCCUUUGGAGCCUUUUUCCAUCAUUAUCACCAUUGUUCAUCAUCACCCACAUCCAGAGGGCCUGCAUCUUGGAUGAAGUGGAGUGUUCUAUAAUGAAGGUGACAGUGACAUUUGGGCAGACAGGUGUGGUGGUGCCCUGCAAGGAGGGGUGGACUGUGAGGGACCUCAUCCAGCAAGCCACACAGAGAUACAGAAAACUCCUGGAACAGGAAGGAGAUUUCCUGGUUCGGACCCACCAUGUUGAGUACUGUGACGGGGGGAUUCUGGACCCCGAUGAUAUACUCAGUGAUCUGGUAGAAGACAAGGACAAGCUGAUGGCGGUGUAUGAGGAGCAGGAAGCCCAGCAGAGGGGUGUGGCUAGCACAAGGCUAGCACCCAGCCCUGACUACCAAUCCGAGCUCUCCGUCUUCCAGCCGAUCGCAGGGGGAGAGAUUGAAGUCAAUUCCUCAGCCUUAAAGUCCAACACCCCCCUGUUGGUGAGAAGCAGCAGCGACUCAGCCCUCAGCCCCCAGCCGACAGAGACCGAACACUCCCUCAAUGAGGACACCGCCGGGAUGACAGCCAGUCCUGCUGCAGCCGCUGUGGAGAGGCCAGCAGGGGUAGACCGACCUCAAGGCAAACAAACCUUCAAUGGCAGCCUGACUAGAACAGUGGAGCUCCUUGGAGAGGACAGUCCCCUGGGAAUCCAUGUGGUUCCUUACAGCUCAUCACUCAGUGGACGGUCUCUUGGUCUGUACAUCCGUGGAGUGGAGGAAGAGAGUCGCUCAAGAAAAGAGGGCUUGUUUCAAGAGGAUGAGUGCAUCGUCAUGAUCAACAACACCGACCUCAUGGACAAGACAUUCAGCCAAGCCCAGGAAGUGUUCCGUCAGGCAAUGCGUUCCCCUGUUGUCCGCUUGGACGUAGUUCCCUCCUCUAACAGAGAACGCUAUGAGAAGAGUCUGAUUGGUCAGCUUUUUGGCAACAGUGCCGGUCCCGAGAGCAGCCCCCGAAUCGCCAAGACCAAAGAGCCACCUCCACCUGUCAAAGCCAAACCUGUGUUUAAGCCCUCUGAGAAUCCAACCAUUCGAUUGGCAGAAGAAGCUGCCACUGUGGAAGCCGCUGUAAGUACACCCAAGGGGAGGAGUGAGAGCCCCCUCCAUAAGAAAAGUCCUGCCCUCUCCAGCUUGGUGACCAAUAAGAGUGGAGGACGAAGACUGAGGAUCGAUCUAAAGAAAGGUCCAGAAGGCCUUGGUUUUACUGUAGUAACCAGAGAUGCUUCAGUCCACGGUCCUGGCCCUAUUCUAGUCAAAAACAUUCUGGCACGUGGAGCCGCUGUCAAAGAUGGACGCCUGCAGUCUGGAGAUCGCAUACUUGAGGUCAACGGUGUGGAUAUCACAGGUGUGGGCCAAGAAGAGUUAGUGUGUAUGCUACGCAGCACGCGGCAAGGAGAGAGUGUGUGUCUUGUGGUCCUACGGCAGGAAGACAUGUGUCUGCCCCGAGAGAUGAAGGACGAGAUAUCCCGUGUGACAGGCUUUGUUCCGGAGAACGGGAAGGAGCAGCUCAUGUUUGAGGUUCCCCUUAAUGACACCGGCUCGGCAGGCCUGGGCAUCAGCCUCAAAGGAAACAAGUCCAGGGAGACGGGAGAGGACCUGGGCAUCUUCAUUAAAUCCAUUAUACAUGGAGGGGCAGCAUACAAGGAUGGGCGUCUGUGUGUCAAUGACCAGAUGGUAGCAGUAAACGGAGAGUCGCUGCUGGGACGCUCCAAUCAUGUGGCCAUGGAGACGCUUCGCCGCUCUAUGUCUCAGGAGGGCAACGUAAGGGGGACAAUCCAACUAGUGGUGCUGAGGGCUCAAAAGGAUCAACAUGGGGCGUCACCCAGUCGCUCAUUUGACAGCUCCUCUGGCCUGUCAGGACUGGUGGGUCCAGUGAACGGUCAGACUAACGGCAGUCCCUCUCCCAUGGUGAACAACAUUCUUUAUACAUCUAAUGUGACCAAUGGGAGUUAUUCUUACAUGGACGAGGAAGAGGAGGGGGAGCUGUAUGGACAUGAAACAGAGUUCCGCAGCACUAACCAACACUCCUAUCUACAAGAAAGGGAAAACUCUCACACCUCUAGCCUUGCUCAGCCCCAGUCUCCUACUCAGAACCAGGACCAGUGGCAGUUCCAGCAUGUCAAAGCCUCGAAGAGCAUGGACUUGGGUACGACUCAGAAUCAGCAGCACACUGUGGCAGAUGAAAGCAACGUCGGAUCCUUGGUUGGAAACACUGCAGCUCCAUCAACUCCUGUGGAACUCGGCCCUACCCUCGGCUUGAAGAAGUCCAGUUCCUUGGAGAGUCUCCAGACAGCCAUGUCAGAGGUUAACAGAAAAAACGAACUCCUCCCCUUCCAUCGACCUCGCCCAAAUAUGGUCAGAGGAAGAGGCUGCAACGAGAGCUUCCGAGCAGCUAUUGAUAAAUCCUAUGAUGGACCACCUGAAGAUGACGAUGAUGAUGGUUCGGAGCAGAGUUCAGGUCGGGACACCCCGGCAAGUAGUUCAUCUCGCCAGGGAGUGGAGGAUCGAACAGAGGAAAAAGGCAAAAAAGACAAGAAAAAGAAACCGAAAACAAAGAAGAAGGAAAAGAACAAGGGGAAAGUAAAAGAGAAAGGGAAAAAGAAAGCAGAGGAGUCUGAGGACACAGAGAAAAAGAGCAAGAAAAUAGGCUUUGGCCUGCUGAGAUUCGGGAAGAAAAAAGAGGAGAAGAAGGACUCAAAAACAGCUCUCCAGCAACAGAAGUCAGGCCUUCUGAGUGAUCAUGAGUUCGAGAGGAUGAAAGAUGAGAGGGAAAGGAUCGAGGCAGGGCAUCCUGAGCUGCGAGAGCAACGGCUCAGAGACCAGCAAGGUGGUAGUGGCGGGUCAGCGUAUCCGGAUGUCGAAGAUGACGACACAGACCCCAACUACGCCCGAAUACAAUCUUUCAGGAACCGUGAAAUGGGUCCAAUGCCACUGCCACCUUCUCAGUCACCUCCCUACAGUACAAUUCAGCACACCCAUCCUGGCACCCCUUCCCCCCAAGGCCGUUCUGCCUUACCAGGGCAUGGGAAUCAUGGUAACGACCCUGGAGCCAUCCCUGAUGGUGACCCCCUUGAUAGGCUGUACGCCAAAGUCAAUAAACCAAGGGGAGCUGGAACUACAUCCCCUCCUGUCUCUGCUACUGCUAAUGACAGUGUGGACAGGAUCCAGCAGCUAAGAAGGGAAUACCAGCAGGCAAGGAGAGAAGGAAUGGUGCCGCCUUAUGAAGAACUGGACCCACGACGCAGAGGACAUGAAAACGACGCACACAGGAUGCCAGGCAGAGGGACAGAUCAUCGGUUGGCACCACGUUAUGAAGAGGUGGAACGUCAGUAUGCCUCCUUACCAAGACGAGGUCCGUUGGAUCCAGCUGACUACCCCAUGCAGCACUGGUCAGGUCAUUAUCCCGGACCUCCUCAGGCCCCACAGGGAUACCCUCAGUCCCCGUCCUACUCUAACCCCAACUCCCAGUCUGCCCCGUCCUACCCUAACCCCAACUCCCAGUCUGCCCCUUCCUACCCUAACCCCAACUCCCAGUCUGCCCCGUCCUACCCUAACCCCAACUCCCAGUCUGCCCCUUCCUACCCUAACCCCAACUCCCAGUCUGCCCCGUCCUACCCUAACCCCAACUCCCAGUCUGCCCCGUCCUACCCUAACCCCAACUCCCAGUCUGCCCCGUCCUACCCUAACCCCAACUCCCAGUCUGCCCCUUCCUACCCUAACCCCAACUCCCAGUCUGCCCCAUCCUACCCUAACCCCAACUCCCAGUCUGCCCCGUCCUACCCUAACCCCAAUUCCCAGUCUGCCCAAUCUUACUCCGGCUACCCACCUGGUCAGCCAUAUGCACGGCCGGGUGACCCUCGGAGCCUCGACUCUGGGUACUACCCCCACCCAAGCUCCCAGCAGAGAGGCCCCUUGCGGCAGGAUGUGCCCCCGUCUCCUACCCCGCCACUUCGUGGACUACGGUACGACACAUUGACGCGUGGAACCAGGGGUGGAGGUUACAGGCACCUGGUGGAUCCCAGUCCAGACCAAUAUGGCUAUACUGGGGAGGGAGGAAGACAGCAACAGCAACACCAAGCCAACCCAAGACAGAAGAAUGCCAUGACUGCAGCUGUGUAAACCAAUCAGGUCCUGAGAUGAAAAUGAGCAGAAUGCUAACUGCUUUUUGUUGUGCAGCUCUUCUAUUUGCGGUACUCCAUUGAAAUAGAGUUGAAACCUCUUAAUGGUAUGAUUUGAAUCACCAUCAUUAUCAAACGCAGUCUACGCUGUUUGAAGUAUAUGGUAAUACACAGACAAGCAAGGUAAAGGAGGUUAAUUAUAGAGUGGCCCAGCGUGAUGUAUAAUGGCUGGUUGUUUGAAGUCAUUUGAAUUGCUUCUCGCAGUAUAAAAUUAGCAGGCUUUUUACUUUUCACUAUACUCUGAUUAAGUCGUCUCUUUCACGAAUCAGUCCGAGCCACGAAGGUAAUUGGAUUCAUUUAAAUUAAGACGUACAUACAGCUCUACACAUUCUCAUAUUGUACCUGGUGGUUUCACUGCUGCCGCUUCACAAACAAGACAAAACACAAGAUAUUCUACAAUGUAACAUGGGGUAACAUGUUAACCUUGUGGCUGUGUGUGCCCAUUCAUAGAAAUAAAAGACACCUUUUAGCAUCAGUAUUUCUGUGCGAUAAAGCCAAAUGUAUUCUUGAGACUGAAGCAGGUUGUGUAUACAAAGAAGUGAUCAUAAGGCUUUAAGUCUCCGCUUGAGAGUGAGUUGAGAUGUAGAAGAUGAUGGAAAAUGUUUCUGCAUUCCAAAACUGUGAAUAUCAACAAUGAUAUGUGCUAGUACGUUAGUAACGGCUGCUGAAACAAAAUAAUCACCCUAACUCUCACAAUAUAUGCAUCCAUGAAAGAUUAACAAUGACAAAUCUACACGGCAUUUAAAAUGUGGGCAUCAGUUACAGUAUGUUAUUAAAUGAAGAGCAUUUUGAGGCCUAUUAACUUAUUUUGCCGAACAGGGAGAAUGCCACUAUACCUGCCUAUAUUCAAGUAUAGAUGUACUUGUAACAAGUCUGAUGUAUCACGUACAGUAUUGUUUAGUCAAUGAAUUAUGGAAACAGUUGAAUAAUUGAAGUGCUCUAUAAAGCACAAUAGAGCACUGUAUGAAUUAUAUUUACAUGUAAUAAUGUUUUUAAUAAUGCUAUGACUGCCUUUCAUUUAUAUCUGAAAAUAUUUCCCCCAGUAGGGAUGAGUUAAACCUAUUUUUCAGUACAGGACUAGGUAUAAUCUGAGUCUGAAACCACGCCUCGUUGUUGGUUUACAGCACUUAUGAAUGGCUCUGUUCCUGCUUUAAAAUGAUCAUGGGAUAACAACAUGUUUAGCCAUCAAAUCUAUCAACCAAUCUCAAAUUUACAUUUAUUGAUAUUCAUUUAACAUCAUAUCCCCAUUAUUGGACUUACAUUUGUCUUUGAAUCGUUAACCUUAUUGAAAGUGACCUCAACUUGAAUGUAUGGAAUCUUCUUUGAUUAUAUUUUCACAGUCACCAGUACUCAAUCCAUAGUACAGCCUGUGUUUAUUUAAUCAUUCCAGAGUGGUUGGAGUUUUUGCUCACUUUUUGGUUUUCCAUCAGACAUCCUAUUCAGAGAUAAAUAAUCUAUUGCUUUAAACAGCAAGCUGAAAACCACUUUCAUCAGAGUGGUAAUGUCAACCUAUGAGCUUUGACACACUGGAAGAAGCUCUGAGAAGAACAAUGCGACCAUUUUAGUAAUAACGCUGCAAGCUCAAUAGAGCAAGUCAAUACACACACCGACGAUUUGACGCUUCACUUUACACCUUUAAAGCUUUUUAUUUCUGCUUUCUCUUCUAAUGAGAGUAACACAAUAGUUUUCAGGGAAGGGCACAUAUGUGAUAAUGGUGCUUUAACAUGAUAGACAGCGAUUUGAAAUAAGUUGGGGAAUUGCAAGAAAUUGGCAAAAACUCCAAUAAUAGUGGAAUAGUUCUUUGUUCCAUACAGUUCAGCCAAACCACUAAAAUGGGCGAUUUUGUCACCAUUUGCAGGCUUUAUGUGCCAGAGCAGAGUAAAGUGUUUAUGCCUUGGAGAUGUCCAUGUUGGGUCAACCAGACAGGAAAGCCAAGCAUUUUACUGCCCCUGUUGCAGAGCUCAUUUUCACUCUGUACUAUAUAGCAGCCUCUUUCUUUCUCUGCGUUGUCUGUGUAUGCCAUUUACUGUAGUUUGGAUGCGAUAGGUGUUCGUGGCACAUCUCUGUGACCUGGUGGUGUAGGCGUCACCGUGUGGUGAAGUGUUCACAAGUCCUGUUGAAACAUGAGUUCAGCUUCAGAGUGCUCUUCUCAGUACUGUGCCACAGUGUACAGUAUAUCCAUUUAGCCACUUGCUACACCAUCAAUUAAGUGUAACUAAGAGUUAGAGUGCAGCUCAGCAUUUCCGUGUUUCAUUCUACAAAGCUCAGCAGUAUUAUUUUCAAUGGAGAUUAAAUGUUUAAAUUGACAUUUCAGGAUUAGGUGAAUUGCAUUUCUGUUAAUUUGACUGAGGAUGAAAUCCCACUGAAGUGAAUGUAAGAAUGAAGAAAUUGGACUAACACCCAAAUUACGUCUGUGUUUUAUCUCAAAACCAUCUCAUUUGCUUGUUUGUUUGACAGAUAUGGAUCUUGACUGGAAAGAGGAAAGUAGGAGGGUUAGAGGGGUAAAGAUUACAGAAAAACAGAGAAAGAAGGAAAGAGAAAUAGAAUAGAUAGGAAGGAAUAAUGAAAAGGACGUAGAGAAGGAAGAGGGAUUAAAGAAAGAAGCAAUAGACUUAAAGUGUGCAUGGAGGGAUGUGGAAGAGAUGGUAAGAACACAUGCAGUGCAAGGCCAAAGCCUUCAUGGUUCACGAUGGUUUGAUUCAGAGAGUUUUCAAAGAAGAACAGAGCAGAGGAAAGAGUGCAAGUUCUUAAAUAGUUGGGAGGCAGUAGGAGGAGGGUUACAGGAGUGGGCUUUAUAUUGACUGAAUGUAACUUUUGGAAUUAUUUAGAAAUGUGUGUCUUUUUUAUACUUUUAUCACUUUUUAGCACCAGUAUGGAAAUCAAACUGUCAAGGUAUUACUGAAAGUACAAGAAUUAGGAGAUUGGCCUGGUGGUCAAGUAUGGAGAAGUGACACCAAAAUAGUUCACAUGCCGCUUUAGAUCAUUCACUUAUUUUGCUCAGUGUUAACAUUAACCACAGUAGCAAAUAGUAGGGUUAACUCCACAAUGCUGAAUAGAAUAAUGUGCCUAGCAUUAUCUCAAAUGUUACAAAAGAUGCAGUAGGUCAAUAAUAAAUGGCAGUUUGCUUGUAAUUAAUCUAAGUGUAAAAUGUGAAGUGAAAGAAGGGGAAACCAUAAACACAAAACAUAAAUGUGAUAUGAUAACAACAAAUGAUAUUAUUUUAUGCUUCCAGGACCUUCAGGGUCCUGGAAGACAUUAUAAAUAAUCAUCUACAAUGCUGAAUUGUAGCCAAUAUACCAAAACAAAAAGUGUUCUGUACAUUACUAAAAGGUCAAUUGUAUUGCUUUGGAUUGUCCUAGCUGCCUAUAUUUUACAGCAUGUUAUGGAGCACCAGAGAAAAUGAUCUACUGGGACACACACUCACAUGGACGAUUUUGGUAUCGUCAUUCCAAAACCAGAAUGCAGAAGGUGGAAGAUGUUGUCUUAAUUGUGUGUCUCUCAAUGCUGCAUCAGUGCCUGGUGAAGCUUUGCUGAGUUACAGUAUAUUGAGAUAAGAACACUCCGUGAAGGUUUAUUAUUGUUACUCCUCUGAUGCUGGUAUGCAAUUCACAUGUAUUCUUCAAAUGCAUUUUUUUUUUUUAAAUAUAUAUAUAUUUCUUUUUAAUAAUAGUUAGUGUUGUUGGUUGGUCAUACCAGAGCCACGGAGUGUUUGGCCACUGUUAACCAUGCUACUGUAAGAAAGCGUUUUUGAUCACUUAUUUAGCCAAAUUUAGUUCAUGUUGGUUUUUUUCUCAGUUUUGGAUAUGCAAUUGCAUCAAAAUAAUAAACUUUACAAGCAAUUUUCAACUUGCUCUUUUAAAAGUGGGAAGAAAAAUAUAUUUUGGCUGUUUGCAUAGCAUGGUUAACAUAGCAAACAAUCGGCAAGUAUGGCUCUUUGGUUUUUGGCAGAACAGUAUGAGUUGCACAAGCUGAAGGUACUAACCAGAGUCUUCUAUGUAAAGAAUUGUGGUACUCCUGGUUCUCCCUGUACAGAGACCAGUAUAUGAAGGAGCCAACUAAACAACCUCUCUGUCUUAGAAGUAUAACAUUUUUUAUUAAACUGCUUAUAUCCAAAAA